AUAUUUCUUGUCUUUAUCUGUCAUAGUUUUAUCAUCUAUCUAUUUUUCUUUUGUUUAUAAUCUAGUCUGAAAAAGGUCAACGCGAAUUACACCGGAAGUCAUCGUGAUCGUGAUGUCAACAAGGUUGAACAAACUGUCGAGUUUUAUGUAGCGAUUCUCUUGGUGCUCAAAUACGUAGGCCUACGCAGGGCAUCCAUUAACAAACAAACAGCUCAUUUGGCACAAACAUGAACGAAGACCUUCGUGUUUUUCAGACGCAGUUUGCAUCUAUAAUGGAGAUUCUUUUUAGUGCAGCCAUGGCUGAAACAGCUAAACUCUACGAGUCCUGUGUUAUGGAGCUCCGCGCUGAGAUCAGUCGGGUCCAGGCAGAGAACAACACACUGAAAUGUCGCAUAAUCCAAACACAGGAGGGUGCGGUAGACAACUCAGUGCACAGCGAAGAAUGGAUCUCAGAAAACUGUCACAUUGUAGGAAGAAGACCACCGUCAAAGACAACAGAGUCUAGGCUCGCUGAAAUUAUCAUCACACAGGAGCACCUGGAGGGCAAGGAGGGAGUCCCUCUCAUUAAAGAGGAGGCUACAGACUCCAAGGAACUCGAAGGAAUUUCUCGGACUUCACCUGAGGUACACACAGAGACUCAAAUACAGUUAACAGCUGAACAAAAUGGGGCGUGUAGACCUCCACCAAGUCCCACUGGCGCAGAGUGCAAGACGGAGAUCAAAGUGGAAUCAUCUCCCCAGCCUGUCAGUAUGGAAAUGAGGACUGUGACGCUGGAGCAAAGCAGCGCUAGUGCAGCGGCUCUCCAAAAAGUCUCCCAUAAAGCACAUGUGUCAACAGACCCGUCUGACCGUGCUCACCCUUCAUACCGGCAGCACAGUGUCAGCCGUGGCCAACCUCAGGCUGCAUGCAUGGCCCCUGUCUCUCCCACUGGCAACAAACUCACCGUGGAUAUUUCAACAUGCCACUUUGACCAUCAGAGUGAGGAGCAGAGUAAUUAUAACACGAGCUUGCCUUUACCCAACAGACCAGCGUGCACACCUCCUACCUUUAAUGGAAGUGCUACCAGGACAUUACAGAAGACAAUGCCAGUGCGGCAUCUUCCCAUGAGCUCUUUCCCUGGUGGCGGCCAACACCGCUGUGUGAACUGUGGUAAGACAUUUCACAGCCAGCAAGGUCUCUGUGGACACCAGCAAGUGCACCAGAAUGAGAAGAGACACCAGUGUUCUCAGUGUGGCAAGAGCUUCCUGUAUCAGUCCCGCCUAGCACAUCACCUGAAGAGUCACAGCGGAAAGGAUGGCUACAGCUGCAGCUUCUGCCACCGCAAGUUUAUCUCCAAAGCGAACUUAAACCUCCACCUCGUCUCACACUCUAAAGAGCAUCCUUUCGAGUGCAGUGUCUGUGGUUUGACUUUUGGGAACCGUGCCGUGUUCCACGCGCAUCUGAAGACCCAUUCUGGGGAACCACGCUACACUUGCGCCCACUGCGGUAAGAAGUUUUUGGACCUUGGGAAUUUUUCCCGGCACAAGCGCAUCCACACCGGUGAAAGGCCAUACAGUUGUGAGGUGUGUGGAAAGUCCUUUAUCCAGUCGGCUCAUCUGAAGAAGCACAUCCUCAUACACAGAUGAGGUUAAAUAAACUCACAGCUCAGACUGAUAAACUGAGGCCCGCACUUCUAAGAUCAUCUCACAAAUACAUACAUACACUGACAUCAUCAGCAACAUUUUUCUAAAUAACACUAGUAAUUUUGAUUAUAAAAUAUACAGUACAAUUGAUUCAGAACUGAUUCUAUUUUGCAUAACUGUGUUUUUUUUCUUUAUACAUUGAUAUUUGGAGUUGGGACACUUGAAUGGCAAAAUAAACUAAAGAGAAACUGA